AUGAUCGACCCCGAGAGGAGCAUGGGGUGUCCCCCCAUGCUUCCCUACGCGCCGCAUGACGGACUGCUCCCUUCCCAUGUGCAGCCUCCAAAGGCUGGUGACCUCCCUCUUGCUGUUUGCGAUCCCAGUGGCAACAGAGGGCCUCUGCCAGAAGGCGAUGCGAAUGAUGCGAGCGAGGGUAAGCUGGUUUCAUGUCUCAGCGCAUGCCAGGCAGGGACUGCCCUGUUGCGACACUGCCCAAGCAAGGCCAUGUCGGUUUGCCCGUCGCGUCUGCUCUUCGCGCGAAGCCUCACACCCGACGCGGCCUGGCGCCCCCUACCCCAUUGGCAGCAGUUUCGUGCGCAGUGUGAUCUUGCAGAAGACGCCUCUGAAGAAGGUAGCUGGGUUUGCUUUUGGUCAGCAGACGCCUCCCCAAAGAACCGGCGAGGCUUUGUCGGCCCUCAAAGGUUUCGCUCCUACUUGGGCAUCACCAAGCUCGCAUGCGGAUCGUCGCUGGCUGCGUUUAUUGCCAAUGACGGCCGCCUUUAUUGCUGGGACUGGGGAGAGAGUGGAAACAUGCAUGCUUGCAGUCCCCAGCUUUUGGAGGGCAGGCACCUCGAGGAAAUGCAUGUCGUCGACGUAGCUUGCGGAGGAGGCCACAUCGUUUGUAUUACAGCUGAGCGUAGAGUCUUUACGUAUGGAAGAGGCGAUCUGGGGCAGCGUGGCAGCGGAAAGCUGCUUGAUGCGCAGCAGCACAGAGGUCCUGACGAAGUGCUCUUUCCACGACCUGCUCGGCAGGUGGCUUGCGGAGAGCAGUUUUCGCUAGUUCUCACGGACGAUGGCCAAGUGUAUUCCUUUGGAGAUGGAAGCCACGGGGUGCUGGGUAUCGACUCCAUCGCAACGCGCUGGACCCCCGCCAAAGUGAAGUUUCACGACAGAAGGGUGGCUUUGAUUGCGGCUGGCACAAAUCACGCCAUCGCAGUAACAGAUCUAGGGAGUACGUACACCUGGGGAAAGAACAACCUUGGCCAACUCGGGCUUGGACACAACGAUGAUCGCUGGACGCCGCAAGUGGUGUCGGAGCUGUGCGGGCAGCGAGUUGCGUUUAUUGCGGCAUCGGACGCCUCGUUGGCGACAACAGCGGGAGGAAGCGUCUACUUGUGGGGUGCUGGGGAAAGCGCUUUGCCAGUGCCUCUAGAAAGGACGGAUGUAACGCAUUUUGCUCUUGGCGACGCUCUCUUCGGCUUGACAGCCGGGGGGGCGCUUUGGGUACGGCCCUUAGGAGCUCUCGAGGAGACGCGGAGCAAGGGGUAUACGCUUCCUUCUGCAUGCGUCCAGCAGAUUUCGGCGGCUGGAAGUCUCGUCAUGGGUGUUGCGCCAGGCGACUCUUACUUGGAGGAAAAGCAGCAAAGGCAGUGGCGGCAGGAACAAACGGACGAAACAGAGGACUCUUUCGCCCCCUCCGCGCAUGCCUCCUAUGCACAAGAGUGUCGAGACACCCCGACGCAAGAGGCUGUGGGCUCCAGAAAAAAGAGAGUCUCCUUUUCGGAGGUUGUCGAGAGUUACAUGAACCAGGCGGGAGGGUCUAGAGGCCAUCGACGCGUCGCAGCAGACAGUGCCACCUCACAACCCCCCAAAAGCAGAACCCUUUCCCUCCCACCUUCCCGCAAGGCGCGUCCUUCACCUGCCUCGGCAGCUACUGCCGCCACUGGCGGCAGAGCUCGCUCGCUAAGCUCCGCAGAUCCCAGAAGCCGCCUCUCGGGGCAUGUGCAACCCUGCUUAAGGAAGAAGGCAGCAAUCACAACAACCCCACCUCCGCAAGCCGCUGGCGGGGCGGCAGCAGGAGAGCGCACCAGAGGCACUGCCGCAGCCUCUGGAGGCGUCGCGCGAGCUUCCGCCUCCGCAGCUCGUGCGGAAGAGGCCAAGACCUCUUCGAACGAGGCAGCCACCGAUACUGCGGAGCUGCGCACGCUUUCCCGCGCCACUACCUCUACUACGACCACGAGCGUCAGCACAGCCGAUCUGAGAGAGUUCGAGGCGGGAAGAGUGCCUCGACGCUCGUCGCAAGGCGACAUUGUUGCGCCGCCCUCUCAAGGCAUCAGCUUCCUUGCCGAGGCUGAGACAAACAGCCCUCAAAACUGUACACAAAGCCACCGCUCGACACCUGAGUUCGGAUUUACAGCCUCAGGCAUGCCUGUGGGGGGAAGCCCCUCGAAUGCGCGGUUCGUAGAGAGCCCGCAUUAUUCAGAGAAAGCAGCCACUCGUGCAGACGAUGCAACCCCUCCAACAGCCCAUGAUGCAGCCCCCUCAGGCAGAUCGCAAGGCACUUCUCCCUUCCUCGCUGCACCUCCUGUCUAUCCGCAAGUUGCCGCUGGGGGAGCGUGGGAUUCCGACUACGAAUCUCGACGGCGCAUGCGCUUAGGUGCGCCUGCUGUAGACGUGUCGGGAGCGCCCCUCGGAGCUUCCUCGCGCUGCGAUUUAGCCGCUUUGGCCUUGGGGUUGGAAAUGCAGAGGGAAGCGUCUCGCGUCAGUCUGGCGAGCACAGCAAGCAGCAGCGCGUACGAGGCUCAACUGCACUCCCUCCGGCUCAAGGAACUGCCCCUCGUCCUUUCUAGCAGGGAGGCAGCGGCAGUUGGCAGCGAGCUGGUGGUGUUUCAGAAGGAGAACACCGAUCUCAGGAAGGCUCUCUACAUCGCUCGCCAGGAUGCAUCAGAUCUCGAAUCCGACAAAAACAGCCUUCUUCGCGAGUUGCGUAGCCUUCGCACCGACUUAACGCAAACGAAGGCAGCCGUGUCCGAGAAAGAGGAAGCCCUGGAAAGCCUGGAGGUUCAGCUGACUCGGCAAAAGAAGCACAUCGAUAGGCUGAAGACAGAACUCGAGGACGAAGCUGCACAAAACCACAAGGAUCUAAAGCAGAUGCUCGAGAAGCUGAACACUGCAGAGUCUCAGAGGCAACAAAUGCAACAACAGCUGCAGGAAGCCCACGCCUACAUCCACCGGCUGGAAGCAGAGAGGCAGAAUUCGGGCGCUCUGAGCGCUGAAGUCGAAAAGUUGAAAAAGGCACUGUCCAAGGAAGCGUCCGAAAAGGACGAGCUGUUGAGGCAGGCGGACUCGGCGAUUGCGGACUGGCAAGCGUCCUAUACGACACUGCAGGCGGAGGCAGAAGAAGCCGCAGCGAAGUUGAAAAGGACGGAGGAAGAAGCUGCCGUUACAAAGCUAGAGUUUGAGCAGCGGCAACGCGUCCUUGAAGACGAGAAGAGGACGCUUCUGCAGAAGCUCGACGACUCUGAAGAAGAAAGGCUAGCAGCACAAGCCGAGCGCCAGGCCGUCAAGGCUUUGAAGGAGCAGAACGAGAAUUUUCGGAAGAACUGCGAAGAGCAAUCCGGCGAGCUGGCCACGCUCAAACGCGCGGAGCAGAGGCUGAGGAGAGACCUCGACGAGCUGAAGGAUGAGCGUGCAAACGCCCAAGUCUACAUUGCCAAGCUGCAGGGUGAAGUUGAAAAACUUUCGAAGGAAAUUACCGCAAGGCAGGAAACCAUCGAAGAGCUUCAACACAAACUCCUGGAUCGUGAAGAGGAAACGAGCCGUUUGUGUGUAGCCCAAGAGCAGAGUGUGAUAGAAGUACACACGUUAAAAGAAGCAGAAGGCGAGCUACAGCUCGAAAUCGACAGUCUCAAGCGGGCACUCAAGUUGAAGGAUGAAACAAUCAAACGACACGAAGAACAGAUUUCCGAAGAAAAAAACAGAGCAAAUACUUCAGCAGUUUUGCAAGGGCAGCUCGAAGAUAUGACGCAGGAACUGUCGAUUUCGCGAGAAAACGAGUCGAGGACGACGGCGCAUUUGCGGGAGGCGCAACAAUCGAUAUCACUGCUUCAAGAAAAAGCUGAAGAGGCAACGGAGACGAUGAACUGGAUGCAAAAGAAAUUUGAUGAAUUGCAAAACAGUUCAAAGGCCGAAAUCACACGGCUGGAACAGCAGAAUGAGCAAUUGAGUGCACUUUCCGAAUCCCUUAAAAGCACAAACAAAGGGCACAACGAGGAGGCAGCGGAAGAAGCGUGGACACAGGUUUGCCUUGCCGUACAGCCCUUGGCCGAUCUAAGACUGGCGCAGGUCUGCGAGGAAGUUCUUGAGAAAAAUGCCACGGAUGCGGCUGCUAUCGAAGAGAAGCUUUCAGAAGCCCAGGAGGAGCUGAAAGAGAAGACGCAUGAGCUUACCGCCGUAAACGCCUCCCUGGCAAAAGCAAAAGAAGUGCAGUUGCAAAUCGAGGCACUGGAAAAAGAGUUUGGCGAAAAAGUGGAAAUGAUGAGGAAAAUGGAAAAGACGGUCGCAGAGAACAAGGCCGAAAUUACACAUUUGCGGGACAGGAAUUCGGAGUUGUUGCUGGAGCUGAGUCGCCAGGAAGAACGCGCCAACGAACUUCUGGCUCAGAAUGAUCGCCUUACGCUGUUAAAACAAGGGAGUACGCAUAUCCCCUCUGCCCGUGUAAGACAGGUGAAGACACGGACGACAACGUCAGGACAGUGCCAGACCAGCCUAAGCCCCCGUAAUGCCGCCGGUUCAAGCCGGUGCAGCUCAACUGCACCGAUUUCCCUGGCGCAGAAAACAGGAAAUGGAGCUGCGGCAUCCCCUCCUGCGCUUACGAAGCUUGACUACUCCAACGAGGGAGCUUCACGAGCCCCCACAACCCCAAGGAGACUUGCUCUGACACCUAGAGGACUCGAGCGAGCUUCUUUGAGGUAA